AAGAGCAAAAAUACAUGCUCCAACACAUUUUACUUUUAUUUUACGUCUUAGUUUUGUGAUAAUAUAAACCUGGAGUCUUCAACUUUACGCACAGAAGCUCUUAAAUUGCCUAAAACCGAUUCGAAGAGAACUUAGUUAUCUUGACACUCUCUUUUUCUUCGAUUCAUCAUACGGAAGUGAAUUCAACCCAUUGAUCAUUAAGAUUGAACCAGUCCAGGAGUGAGCUGCUUCAGGCGAAUAACUAAAUAUUUAACCAACAUGUCCGGAGCUCCUCCUGUAGUGAUGCGGCUAGUGGCCUCGGCCUACUGUGUGGCAGAGAAGGCGGGGUCCAUCGUGAGGAAGGUCCUGCAUACUGGGGAUCUGGGCAUUGUGGAGAAAACAGGUGCCAAUGAUCUACAGACUCUGGCAGACAGACUGGCACAGCAGAGCAUUUGUGCGUCUCUGUCCAAGCGCUUCCCAAAAAUCACCAUCAUUGGAGAGGAGGAUCUCCCCGCAGAAGAGGUGAAGGAAGACCUCAUAGAGAGUGGUCAGGCAGAGGAGAUCUUCCAGAAAACAUGUCCAGCUGAAUUUUCUGAUCUGAAAGAGGAGGAGCUCGUGGUGUGGGUGGACCCUCUUGAUGGAACAAAGGAAUACACAGAAGGGCUGUUGGAUAAUGUGACAGUUCUUAUCGGUAUUGCUCACAGGGGACGGGCCAUUGCAGGCGUCAUCAACCAACCUUUCUACAACUACCAGCUGGGAGCAGGCGCAGUUCUGGGCCGGACCAUCUGGGGUGUGCUGGGACUGGGUGCGUUUGGGUUCGAGCUGAAAGAAGUCCCUGGAGACAGGCGAAUUGUCACAACGACGAGGUCCCAUAGCAACAAGGUGGUGACGGACUGUGUGGACGCCAUGGAGCCACACGAGGUGGUCAGAGUGGGUGGAGCCGGAAACAAGAUCAUCCAGCUCAUUGAAGGCAAGGCGUCGGCGUAUGUGUUUGCUAGUCCUGGCUGCAAAAAGUGGGACACGUGUGCACCCGAGGCAAUCCUGCAUGCUGUUGGAGGUAAACUUACAGAUGUCCAUGGAAACCCGUACACUUACGAUGCAGACGUGAAACACAUGAACUCAGCCGGAGUCCUGGCCACUCUCAGAAACCACCAGUAUUACACCAGCCGAGUACCUCAGUCAGUACUACAGGCUCUCAUGUAGUAACACUCACAGAUGUGCCCUUGACAUAUACUGGCAACGUCAGAUUUAACAUAUCAUUAAACAAAUAAAUCUUUGGUUAAUAAUGCUACUAAUAAAUUAUACUUUGGAAUAUAAUUAUUUUUGACAAUACUGACAAACGCCUUGCCUGCAGUUACUACAUUGCCCUAGAAUUUAUCAGAGGUUCCAAUGUCACUGGAUGUAACUGUAUACGGUAACACACUACAACUGUUUUCAAGAAAUUAAUGAUGAAAAUAUUAUGUGCCAUAUUAUAUUACUAUUUUGUACAUGGGUUUAUGGAGUAUUUGUUCCUAUAUAUUGUUGAUUUGAAUUUUAUUAUUAAAUCUAAAACUAACACAAUCA